AUGGCCGACGCGCGGUGGGGUGCGCGCGUCGUGGCGGGCGGCGACGAGAGCAGCGGCAGCGACGAGGACUGCUGGGACAUCGGCGUCGUGCGGCGGCAGUCGCAGCAAUUGGAUCAAAUGUUGCAGGCAGAUAAGAAUGAUGCAUUAAAGAAAGCUCUGACUUGUGGUGAUGUAUCAUUGAUUGAAGAACUCUUAAACUCAGGUAUAAGCAUAGAAUCUAGCUUUCAGUUUGGAUGGACUCCCUUGAUGUAUGCUGCCAGUGUGGCUGAUGUUGCAGUAGUACAUCUUCUCUUGGACAGAGGAGCUAAUGCAAGCUUUGAAAUAGAUAAGUACACUGUGUUGAUGGCAGCAUGUACUGCACAUGCUUCAGAGGAUAAGAUUUUGAAGACUGUAGAACUACUAUUAUCAAGGAAUGCUGAUCCUAACCUUGCAUGCAGGAGACAAAUGACUCCAUUGAUGUAUGCAGCUAGAAAAGGCUGUCCUCAGGUUGUUGCUCUUCUUGUUGCUCAUGGAUCCCACAUAAAUGCCCAAGAUGAAAAUGGAUAUUCAGCAUUAACAUGGGCAGCACGCCAUGGACAUAAAAAUGUAAUUUUUAAGUUACUAGAGCUUGGAGCUGACAAAAAUCUACAGACUAAAGAUGAGAAAACAGCAGCAGACCUAGCAAAAAUCAAUAAACAUUCAGAGAUUUAUAGUUUACUUUCUUUGACUGUGAAUCACUUGCAGGGGAGAUGCCAUGAAAUGAUUAAGACAGACACUAUCUACAAAUUUCUGACAGGUGUCCCUGACCACAGAUUUGGUUCCUGUUCAGCUUUUGAUGACAUGGAAGUGUUUUUACAUGGUCUUGGUCUAGAACACAUAAUAGGAUUAUUGAAGGAGAAAGAUGUAGCUUUAAGACAACUUUUGAUCAUGAAAAAAGAUGAGCUAAUACAGAUUGGCAUUACAGAUUCCAGAGAUCAACAGAAACUCCUAGAUGCUAUUAAUGAGCUACAAGUUGAAGAAAUAAGAAUUAGAGACCUCCCUGAAGUGUUGAAGUUGGAAUUCAGUGGAGAUGAAUUCCUCAAGUUUCUUCAGAAGUUGAAUAAAGAAUGUGGUAACCUGACCGUUCCCGUGCAGACCAUAAAUAAGCAUUUGCUUGCAAAUUCUCACAAGAUAGUACUGGAGUGGGCACCAGCUGAAAGUUUUGCUGAAGUUUGCAAAGACUUGGUGUGCAAUGUUGAAAAGCUGGGAAAAGAAGUUACCAAACUGAAGAACCUCAUGGAAAAGAAUGAACAGAAGAAUGACCCCAGCCGAGUGGAAUUCCCAGAAAAAGCACCUACUUUGGAAAACAGAUUAGUAAAAAUGGGAGUAAUAACAUUGUUUGGAUUUGUUUUUUUCUUCUUUAUAACUAAGUUAGCCAUAAAGAAAACCCAACUUUAA